AUGCAGCUUGGAGAGACAUAUAUACCUUAUGGAAAGUCUUGUUGUUACUACCGAACAACUUUAAAAUUUAUCGAUGAGCAACCUUUAGCAGGAGGCUUUUAUAUCCGACAUCCUUCAGCAUCAGCGCGCGAUCACGAAAUCGAGGACAUUAUCGCAAAGGACAAAUGUUGCAAUAAAUCUGACUUUUGCGACUUGUUUUAUCAGCUUCAUCCGCCAGGAACCUGCUAUGGAACAUCGCCAUAUAACCUAGGUUCAUUCUGGGGCGAUCCGCAUAUUCGAACGCUAGAUGCCACGAAUUAUACUUUCAACGGCCUUGGUGAAUACGUGUUGCUCAGCAUUGACGCACCGAAUGUCACAUUUGCGCUCCAAGCAAGAACUGAAAGAGCAAUUAAAAAGGAUGGUAACCUAUCAGACGCAACUAUAUUCACAGCCUUUGCAGCAAAAGAUCAUCUUAACUCGUCUGUACAUAUAGAGCUCAAUACUGAUAAAGAUGAUUUCACUCUCUAUGGCAACGGAAUUGAUUUAACGCCAGACCUCCGGAAGUCUUUAGACGAAUUGUUUGAAUUCACAACAUCUACACUUACCAUCCAUGGUGACAAAGGCUUUUUGCGUGUGGCAUUUCUUGCCUUAGAAAUAACGCUAUCUAUAGGCGUUGGGGCCGAAAUGCUUUCUUUAGAUACAAUCGUACCAAGAACAUUUCAAAAUAAAGCACGCGGUCUCCUUGGUAAUUUCGACGGUAAACCAAACAACGACUUUGAGUAUCCUAAUGGAAGCGUUCUUAGAGCAGACGCUAGCGACGCUGAAAUAUUUUUAUUUGGGCAAUCAUGGGCUGUGAAUGAUGAUACAUCUGUAUUUAUAUACGAAGAUGGUAAAAGCCAUGCCGAUUACCACAACGCUUCCUAUGUUCCACGUUUCCUUGACACCGUGGACAAUGAAACGCUUACUAAAGCAUACAAGGCAUGCAAUGGAUCAAAUAAUGUAGAAUGCGUUUUUGACUACGCAUUUACUUUAAACAUCGACGUAGCUGAAAAUACGAAAACCAAACGUCAAGACGUAGAUGCGGCACGGAAAGAAAUAGUGAUGAGCAUGCCGACAGUGAAUACAUGUAGCACCGUGAAUGUAACCGUUGGACAAAAUGUUUCCUGUUCAUUGAAACUGGAGGCUGGUUUAAACUUAGAAAUCAUUGGUAACUCCAAAUCAAUGGUCGUCUACAACAAAGAAACAACAACUUUGUAUUUUAGACAAACCAAUCAGAUACCACACGACAUAUGGUUUGUUGCCGUGAAUACUGACGGGCGGAAAUCUCUGCAAGAAACAGUUCCAACCAUCUUGUGCACUGGAUGCAGCGGUCGGGGUUACUGUACGGGCAAAACAAGAUCUGAUCCACGGGAGAAGGCAUAUUUCAAAUAUUCUGAGUGCGUUUGUUUCCGCGGAUACAGUGGAGUGGAUUGCGAAAAUGUAUUUGACGGAUGUGCUGACCGUCCGUGUUCACGGGGCAGAAAUUGUACUAGACUUUCUGCUGUUGAGCAGGUUAAUCAAAAUAGGACCUACAUAUGUUCUCCUUGUCCUGGUGGUUUUGAAAAUGAUCCAGAUACGGAUGAUUGUCAAGAUAUUAAUGAAUGUAACACAAGCAAGCCGUGUGAUCAAACAUGCUUAAACAGAGAAGGAAGUUUUGCAUGUGAUUGUCAUGAAGGAUUUCGAUUAGAUUUAACUAAUACAAGCAAAUGUGCAGAUAUCAAUGAAUGCAAUGAGGCGACACACAAUUGUACACAGUUCUGCGAAAACACAAUUGGUGGAUUUAGAUGUAAAUGUCAAGCUGGGUAUGUCUUCAAUCAAUCAGAGUGGAGUUGCCAAAUAGAUAAUAUCGACCCAUGUGCGAAUGCUACUAUAGACUGCAACAACACGUCAGGUUGUGUGCUAGAUAAAAGCAAUCAAACAACGUGCUUCUGUGAUGCCGGUUACAGUUUCAAUAGGACAACACUUCGAUGUCAGGAUACGAACGAAUGCGAACAGAAUAUAUGCCCCCAAGAAUGCACUAACACAGUAGGCAGCUUUAAGUGCAGUUGCCUUUCGGGAUUUCAACUUGUUGAUUCAGUCUCCUGCGAACCAUGCGUGGUACCAUACUGGGGACGCAAUUGUGAGCAAAUGUGCAAUUGUGUCGGCCGAGGGGCAGCGCAAUGUAAUCCAACACGAGGCUGCGAAUGUCUUAGCGGCUGGACCGGAAGUACAUGUGACGAUGACAUAGACGAAUGCCUUGGAAAUCUAGGAAUAUGCGCUGAUGUGCGUAAAACAUGCCACAAUACUAUUGGGUCAUUCAAUUGCGAGUGCAUCCCUGGAUAUCGUGAAAAUUCGGAUGGUUUUUGCAGAGAUAUCGACGAAUGCUUGGACCCAGUGCUAAAUGUAUGUCCAAAAACAUGUCGGAACACAGACGGGAGUUACACAUGCGGUUGUGAAUCGGGUUACACGCGACUCAACUCGACCCAUUGUAGAGAUAUCGAUGAGUGCGAAGUGGGAGUCGCCGAAUGUGAACAGAUGUGUGAAAACCACCCAGGCUUUUACAACUGUUAUUGCUAUUUUGGUUAUCGUCUCAAUGAUGAUAGAAGAACAUGUAGGAAAGUCGAAGACGUUUGCAAAGGAUUCAGCAAUUUGACAUGCGCCGGUUACUGUAUUGUAGAGGAUGAGAAGGCAUCCUGUAAGUGUAAUUCUGGGUUCGAGCUUGGCAACGAUGCCCUGUCCUGCCAUGAUAUCAACGAGUGUUUGAACAGCACAUUGAACAAAUGUUCCAGUGGCGCAACAUGCACCAACACACACGGUUCAUUCCUUUGUGAAUGCUCAAUAGGAAUGAAACUUCAAAACGACAAACGGUCAUGUGCAGUUUGUGACAAUUAUCACUUUGGAAAAGAUUGUUCACAGAGUUGUUCAUGUAUCCACGGUGUGUGUAACAACAAAGUUGGUUGCGUCUGCGACUCGGGAUGGUCGGGUGUCAGUUGUGACGUUGACAUAGACGAAUGCACAAAUAACCUGAUGACGUGCAAAGAACCGCACACCCGUUGUUUAAAUACACCUGGCAACGCAACUUGCGUAUGCAGAGAGGGAUAUAGGAGAAAUUCAACGUCAGGGCUAUGUGAAGACGUGAAUGAAUGCAUCGAUACAGUCCUAAAUACCUGUGGCCAGAUUUGUACCAAUACACAAGGAAGCUUCGUAUGUAGCUGUAGAGAUGGUUUCCUGCUUGAGCAAGGACAAUGCUUAGACAUAAAUGAAUGCAAAGCAGUCCACGGGUGUGAACAGCAAUGUGACAAUACAAUUGGUAGCUACAGGUGUUCGUGCAAACCAGGGUUUGUCCUUGACCUUUUCGACCGGAAGUCGUGCAUAUCGGCAGAAAUAUGUAACACAGAGCAAAAGGCAACUUGUUCUGCAAAUGCUUCUUGUUCGAUUUCUGAUGGCAGUGUAGUAUGUGUAUGCCCGAAAGGAUAUAAUGGUCCAGUUUGUACAGACAUUGAUGAGUGUAAAACAGGACAGCAUCGAUGUAACCAGAUUUGCAACAACACUGUUGGUAGCUACUUGUGCCAGUGUAAACCUGGUUACUUCUUGCAAGACGACAAUACCGGUUGUCAGGUGUGCAAUGAUGGGACAUACGGCGAAAAGUGUGCAACCAAAUGCAUUUGCAAUGUUACGAAUACAAAUCUGUGCAAUCGAACAACUGGGUCAUGCACGUGUAAAAAAGGAUGGACAGGCAUUUUCUGCAACGAAGAUAUUGACGAAUGCAACACAACUGCUAACAGCUGUCCGGCGCGUUCAACGUGUGACAACAAGCCAGGUGGAUACACGUGCGAUUGCAAUGCAGGGUAUAUUAAAAACGCUUUCGGGCAAUGCCAAGAGUGUCAACAAGGUCGCUUCGGAACCGAUUGUAACGAGUCGUGCCUGUGCGAUAUGGCACACACGUCAGAAUGUAAAACGAACAACGGCUCGUGCAUCUGUGAACCGGGUUGGACGGGCAAGACGUGCAAUGAGGAUGUAAAAGAAUGCAACAACGAGGCUACGUGUUCUUCUAACUCAACGUGCAUUGAAGCGAACGGGAGCUUCGAAUGCAUAUGUAACAGAGGUUUCAAACGAAGCUUACUUGGAAGCAAAUGCCUCGCUUGUUCGGACAACACCUAUGGUGACAGAUGUUCACUAACCUGUCCAUGCAAAGCAGACAACACAAAAACUCCGACCCAGUCAUGUGAUCGUGUCAAUGGGUCGUGUUUGUGUACCGCAUUCUGGAAGGGCAUCACGUGUGAAGAAGACAUCGACGAAUGCAAGGCCGAUGUUUGCCCAGAUUCAAAUGCAUUUUGUCACAAUACCUUACUUGGGUACAAGUGUUUCUGCAAGAAAGGUUUUGUUUUACAUGAAACAAGAAAAUUGUGUGAAAAUGUUACAAAACUUUCAGAAGAACACAAGGCUUUGAAACUCCAGAUAACACUGAACAUUGCCGGCAACGACAUUAAUUUGUCCAUUGAAAGCACCUUUGCAGUGUAUGCGGAAAAAGUUGUAUCGUCGCUCAGAAAAUAUUGGUCGCGUUUCAUCAAGGACUUUACUGUUGUGGUCAACACUCUCAGGACAGGAAGCUUACACGUGGACUACACCCUAUAUUAUGUUCCUUCUACCAACACAUCUAAAGCGGUUUCCAAUGCUUUAGUAGAAAUGGUAAAUGGCGUUGAGCUAGAAUUUGACGGCAAAACAGUAUCAACGGUGUCAGUUGGACUAGCGAAUUCGUCAGUGGUGUGCGAUGUAUACCAAGUUGCUAUGGGUGACUGUGGCUUUGGUAUGGCUUGUGUUGUUGAAAAAGGAAUCGCUAAAUGUGCUCAAAAUCCAAUGGCCUCACCAGACUCGAUCAGACUGAUCGUAGGAGUGACUGUAUCACUAGGCCUGUUAUUACUCCUCGGAAUAAUAAUAGCGGUAUACGCCCUGAACAAAAGAAAGGCCCGAACUGCAAUGAAGAUCAAACAGAAAGAAGCGUAUAACAAUAGAGCAUUCCAACAUGGUGAUCAAAGGGUCUUGAAGUUCCAAGUUGUCGAGGGUCGUAGAAACUAUGGUGCGGCAGAUGCUUCCAGAUAUAGGACAUGGCGAUCCCUGGCACUAGGUUUUAGCGGUACCUACCCCAACGAACAUGACCGAUCUGCGACUUCAUUCAAGCUGCCAAGACUCGCUCAGAAGCAAAAGCGCACCAAUUCUUUCAACUAGACAGUAUCUUUUAAGAUUGUCAGAUUGAUUAAAAGCUGCCUUUGAACAUAUUUGACUGAUUUACCAUGUUUACGAGUACAGGUUUCAUUCAUAUCUAUUGGAUGACUUGAUUGCUGGCAAUAUACAAUAUACACAAUUUUACUCAAUGACCUGCAAAUAUGUAUAACGUAGAACUUGCUGUUUAACAUGUGGUUUAUAUCGAAUGUACAUGUUUAUUCUUUGAUUUGAGUUUUUGCACAUGAUCAGACAUUUGAGUUUUUCAGUAGACGUUAUCAACGUAGAACUUGCUGUUUUAUAUGUGUAAGCAUAUAUCAUGUACAGAAUGUAAUAAAUAUAAAUAUAACAACGAUAAAAGACGAAAAUUUAUAUAUAAUAUAUGAAUAUUUUUAUGUUGAAUAUUGCUGUAUACUUAAAAGUGAGAGCAUACAAAUUUCAAAGAGUGUAUGAUUAUAUUUUAUUGUUUAAUAUUUAAUAUCCACCGAGUAUAAAUGCAAUAUAUCACAUUUUACUUGCUUAUGACAAAACAAAAUAUUAUGGAACAUGUGUAUAUACCUAUUGUUUGUAUUCAAGAAAACGCAAUAUACUAGAUAUCUAGUUGUAUAUAUCAAAUAUUAUCUUGAUAGAAUAAAAUAUUUGGUAAAUUAUUUGCAAUGCACGAUAACUAAGAUGUAACCUAAAACAUAUGCCUUAAUUUUUUAUUUCCGUUUUAUCAUUAGACGUUAGCGUAUACGUUUCUUAAUCUAGUGCAAGCAUGUUACACUUAUCAUGACGGUAAUGAAUAUAAAACACUUUGUACGAACCAAUUCUUCACUACCGAAGCAUGGAAUGAAUAUUGUAAAUACUUACAGACGCUUAGUACGAACAGGCUGUACAUUUCAGACGCUUAGUGUCUCUACACUACAGACACUUGAUAUGAACAUGCUAUACACUAAAGACGCAUGGUACGAACAGGCUGUACAUUUCAGACACGUAGUGUCUCUACACUACAGACUCUUGAUAUGAACAUACUAUACACUACCGAAGCAUGGAAUGAAUAUUGUAAAUACUUACAGACACUUGGUACGAACAGGCUGUACAUUUCAGACGCUUAGUGUCUCUACACUACAGACACUUGAUAUGAACAUGCUAUACACUACAGACGCUUGGUACGAACAGGCUAUACAUUUCAGACGCUCAGUGUCUCUACACUACAGACACUUGAUAUGAACAUGCUAUACACUACAGACGCUUGGUACGAACAGGCUGUACAUUUCAGACACGUAGUGUCUCUACACUACAGACACUUGAUAUGAACAUGCUAUACACUACAGACGCCUCGUACGAACAGGCUGUACAUUUCAGACGCUUAGUUUCUCUACGCUACAUACACUUGAUAUGAACAUGCUAUACACUACAGACGCCUCGUACGAACAGGCUGUACAUUUCAGACGCUUAGUUUCUCUACACUACAGACACUUGAUAUGAACAUGCUAUAAACUACAGACGCUUAGUACGAACAGGCUGUAUAUUUCAGACGCUUAGUGUCUCUACACUACAGACACUUGAUAUGAACAUGCUAUACACUACAGACGCUUGGUACGAACAGGCUGUACAUUUCAGACGCUUAGUGUCUCUACACUACAGACUCUUGAUAUGAACAUGCUAUACAAUACCGACACAUGGUACGAACAUGUAAAUAACUUCGUUUGUACGAACACGCUGUUCACAACCGACUUAUGGUUGGAACAGGCUAUACCUCACUGACGCUUGGCACUGCGUGAAAAUGAAUCUCCGAAAAUGCCUUUUCCGUUAAUAUGAGUGUUAAAGUACCACACCAAGACAUGCCUACUUGAACUAUGAAUCAUGCUUUUACCUUUUGUAUGUAAGAUAAAUUGUCAUCAACACAUACAUGUGCAUUUAUAGAAAAACUAUGUGUAUUUAUUUUCCUGAUAUCUUUCUACCCACUAUGUAAACUUGUAUGUUUGUAUAUCAUAUAUUCCAAUAUAAACG